CAGAAAUAUGAAAGAAAGCAAGAGUGAAAAAGUAUUUGAAAGACUUGCUCCUAGAGGGAACAUUGGAGAUGUUGAUCAAAUCAAUAGCUCAAGAAAUUCGGUAUACCCCUUUACACAACCUCCGAAGCCGAUUGAGAAUACCUAUCUUAACAGUGUUCCAUACCCAGUUCCUAGUAGCUACCCAAUGAACUAUUAUAAUUAUGGAGGCUAUUAUCCAUAUAAUUAUGGGUGAUACACACCUCAGCCACAUGAAGAAGUUAUUGAAAAGGCCCAUUCUGAAGGAGAAUUUAAUCCUGAUCUUGAGAAAAUAAAGCAGUUACAGAGAGAAAAUGAGUUGUUGAACAGGAAAUUAAAUCAGGAAGAUGAUGAUCAGGAUGAAGUAGAAUCGAAAAUAACUAAUAGGCAAAAGGAUAUGUUGGAUGAAAUGAAAGAUCAAAUUAGAAGCUUAUUAGAAAAAGAAAGACAAGAUAAGCGAAACCAAGAUCAAGCUGAAGAAUUUAAGCGGAAAAAUGAAGAUAAUGCAAUCAUUGAGAUUCUUAAGAAUCAAAAAGAUCAAAUUGACACUCUUGCUCUUGGCAUAAAAUCAAUUCAAGAAGAAAAACUUCAAAAUGAGCAAAAGAUGGCUUCUGAAGCUUUAGCUGCAAUUCAAGCACAGCAAACGCUUGAGGAUAAGUAUCACAAAAAGCAUGCAAAAGCUCUAAAAAGGAUCAAGCAGAAAGAGAGAAAGAAGCGGAAGCAAUUUGCUGGAGAGCUUCAGCAAUACAAUCUCAUGUACAGCAACCCUUAUUAUGCACAAGGAAUGAUGCCAUUUGCUGGUUAUAGAUAA